UUCCUUUCUGUGCUCACAGCUGGAGGCCCGACGGAUGUCCUGCAGGAGGCCAAGGUCCCCCUCAUCAACGUCCACGUCUGCAACAGCAGCCGGUGGUACGCAGGGGCCGUCCACCCCCACAACCUGUGCGCUGGGUACCCGUGGGGCGGCAUCGACACCUGCCAGGGUGACAGCGGUGGGCCUCUCGUCUGCCAGGAUAAGGAUGCCGAGUACUUCUGGCUUGUUGGGGUGACCAGCUGGGGGAAAGGCUGCACAAGAGCAAAGCGGCCCAGAGUCUACACCUCCACGCAGCACUUUUAUGACUGGAUCCUGGUCCAGAUGGGGCUGCGCUCAGCAGCAAUGGCUGCUCCAAGUCCACGGCCGGUCGUCACAUCAACCCCCUUACAGAGACCGCGGCCAACACCAGCGCAAGCGGGCAGCUUUACGGACUGCCCCUUUCCACUCCAGAAGCUGGUGGAAUUCUUUACUCGGCUCUGUGUCCAUGGCUCUGCUUCUCCCCUGCACCCCUGGCAGCGUUCAGGUGCCUGCUCAUAUUCCAACAGUCAGGAAACGGAUUUAGCUCAGCACCAACUCAGCACAGACUCUGAGCGAAAGGAGAAAAAGCACCUCAGCCCGCCUUAG